AUCAAAAUGUUGGCAUAGGAGUGUUUAUACCUAAAUUUAAAAUAGAGAUGAGUCAAAAGUUAAAUAAUUGUUUAUCGGUAUAUACUGCAGAAUUGAUUGCCAUAAUAGUAGGUUUGCAAUGGAUAGAGCAAAAAAAUACCGGUUAAGGUGGUUAUAUGCUCUGAUUCAGUUUCAGUCCUGAAUAGUAUUUUAUCUGCAAGAUCAGAAAGGGAAGAUUUACUCUUGGAAGUCUAUUCUCUGUUGCAGGUUAACAGUAAAUGAAGUGAUGAUACAGUUUUAUUGGGGACCUGCACAUGUUGGGGUGUUAGGAAAUGAGGUGGCUGAUAUAUUAGCCAAAAGUGCACUUGAGAAAAGAGAAGUAGAUAUUCAAGUGUAAAUGGGGAAAGGUGAGAUGAAAGCUAUAAUUCAGAAGGAAUUGAAUAAAGAAUAGCAGGGAAGAUGGGAUAGUAGUAGCAAAGGUAGGUGGCUUUAUAAAAUCAGGAAGAUAGUGGCAAGUAAAUGGUCUAUUGGAAUGAAUAGAAUGGAGGAAGUAUUGUUAGCUAGGGUCAGACUGGGACAUACAGGCUUAAACUCAACUUUGGCAAUUAUGAGUAAACACAGAGAUGGAUUGUGUGAAACUGUAGGAUGUUAGAAACUGUAGAGCAUGUACUGUUGGUAUGUGAUAAGUAUAAUGAAUAUCGUAAAAACUUAUUUGAGAGCAUUGAGGGUAGAUCAGUAAGUGUAGAGGAUAUUUUGGGUCUAGCGGAUACACAGGUGUAUAAAGCACUUUUUACCUUUCUACAUGACACAGGUUUGGAUAGAAGAAUAUAAUAUGGUGCAAUGCUGGGAUUGGGACUGUGUGGGGAUAAAGGAUGGAGGAGCUGAACACGCAGCGCCAUCUAAUGCCGGAUACACAACAUAGCUCUAUGAUCUAUCAUCAUGUUUUUACACUGUUUUUAGGCAAAAGGGUGUAGGAUAUAAAAUACGGUAGGUGGCGGUAAUGCUCCUAGGAGUGAACGGCCAUUAACAAGAAGAAGAAUAAGCGUUCGUCCAUUUUCUUUCAAAUGUUUUGACGUUAUUCAUAACAUUUACAUCAUCAAAAUGUACGAUUAGACCGAUUUAUAUAUAUUAAAUAAAUAAAUAAAACAUUACAGUCUAUAAAACAGGAGUUUUGGUGGUCAUGAUUAACGGUUACAUGUAGAGAUUUUGUGCAGGUUAAUGGUGGCGGAUGAUAUGUUUUUACUGAAUCUGACGAUGGAGGAUGAAGACUUUCUACUCGCUCUUCGUUUACAAGAGCAGUUUGAUAAUGAGACAUCGGCUCCUGCGUGGACUGAUGAUGACGACUAUCCGUCAAGUAAAAAGCGAAAGAUUGACUCCCAUGAUCUGAUGGAUGUUAUUUCACACUCUCAGUCCAGACCAGACAAACCGAUGUCCAUCGUGGAUGGGUCUUGGGAGAUGCUCGAUCCCAAUCCGGACGUGAGAGCCAUGUUCCUACAGUUUAAUGACAUGUUCUUCUGGGGGAAACUCAGCGGUGUGGAGGUGAAGUGGAGUGCACGGAUGACACUAUGUGCUGGGGUGUGCUCUUAUGAGGGAAGAGGAGGCCUGUGCUCUAUUCGACUCAGUGAACCGCUAUUAAAGCUCAGACCCAGAAAAGAUCUUGUGGAGACUCUUCUACAUGAGAUGAUCCAUGCUCUUCUCUUCGUGACUCAAAACAACAGAGAUCGAGAUGGCCAUGGACCAGAAUUCUGCAAACACAUGAACAGAAUCAACCAAGCAGGCGGUACCAACAUCACUAUAUAUCACUCUUUUCACGAUGAGGUGGACGUGUACAGGCAGCACUGGUGGCGAUGUAACGGGCCAUGUCAGAAUCGCAGACCAUUCUUUGGAUACGUAAAGCGUGCAAUGAACAGACCUCCCUCGACCAGAGACCCCUGGUGGGCGGAGCACCAGAGGACCUGCGGUGGAACAUACACCAAAAUCAAAGAGCCAGAGAAUUAUGGCAAAACAGGCAAAAGUAAAAGGGAUGGAAAGAAAGAGAAGAAUCCUUCAACUGACAACUCCGAGAAGACAAAACCUCCUAGCAGCACUACAGGCUCUGGCUCACAAGACAUCAGAAAUAUCAUUCCAUUCAGUGGGAGAGGUUUUGUACUCCGAGGGAAUAGUCAGAUAUCCAUGGACAAACAACCCAGCCAGAGUCCCUUAAGUCCUUCAAGGGCACAGCCCAAUCCUCUGGUUUCUCCUCCUAGUAAUGACUCGGUCUCUCUUCCAAGACCAUGGUCCAAUGAGACAAGCUCAGACAAAAGAGUCAGCUUGGGUACAUCAAAUAUUCUCCGCCAAAAAUCUAUAAGCAACACCAAUGCCUUCAUCAACAUCAAUGGCUCACCUGUGAGAAUUUCUAAAGUCAACGGCAAUUUGAGGGCCAAGCAGACGACAGUGCAAGAUCUCUUCCAGGCCAAAAUCUGCAAAUCUCCAGAGAAAGCAACCAGUGCUGCUGGGUCUUCCAAGCCUAUCACAAAUGGCUCAAUAGAAAACACUGCUAAAUAUAAUGGUCCAACUGCGUCAGUUACCAAUUACCUAAUAUCUUUGGGUAAAACAGACAUGAUCAAUAACUGUCAUUCAUCCAGUGUCACAGGAUCAAAGCCUGGCUCUACUAAGCCUCAUCUCUCCAAAUAUUUUGGAAGUGCUGAAAAUGCUACAAGAAAAUUCCCAGAUUCAAAUUUGAAAACUUUUGGAAACUACAGAAAAUCUGAAACUAGCACACCAGGUCACAUUUCUAAGUACUUCAGUAGUAAUCAAAGACCAGGGUUGAAUAUUACAACCUCAGGAUUCAGUAACACUGGCAGUCCCCAGAAGCCAAGUACAACUGCUUCAGAUUCUAGUUCCAUACACUUUGGAGGCUCCAAAAAGCCUGGGUCCAAUUUUCCAAGCCCUAAAAAUAUUGGCAGCCCCUGGACAUCAGGGACAAUGACUUCAGGAGCCAGGAAAAGAUCAUGGGAAGAGCAUAACUCGGCACAUAUCUUUAAUAACUUCCAGCAGACUAUCAAUGAAACCACCACAACCACAGUAAAGAAGCGAGAGGAGAUCAGAAAUGCUGGUCUGUCUGCAGUCAGGGAUCAGGAAGCAAACAGUCAUCCAGUUCAGAUCACCAUCCACUGCCCUGUCUGUCACAUCAAAGUACUAGAGUCCAAAAUAAAUGAGCAUUUAGACUCCUGUCUCAUGUGAUCUCUGAAGACUCUAAGCUCAGAGAGGCUUUUAAGGAACAGUUCACCCAAAAAUGGAAAUACUGUCAUCAUUUACUCACCCUUCAAAUCUGUAACAUAAAAGGUGAAUUUUUGAAGAAUAUCAUGGCCUUCUUUUUGAUAUAAUGACUGUCAAGCUCCAAAAUGACAAUGAAGCAUUGUGAAAGUAUCCUAAAAGUAGUCUGUACGACUUGUGUGCUGUGUUCCAUGUCUUUUGAAAAAUGAUGGCUUUGUGUAACGAACAGACUGAAAUUUAAGUCAUUAUUCACUGAAAAUCUUCCCCUCCGCUGUAGCUCUUAAUUUUAAUAUGGUGCCAUCAUAGAUUCUCACGUGGAUCGUGAUCAAAUGUCAGUGCCAUUUUCUUCAAAUGUUGUCAGUGUGCCAUUUUUCCAUUUGAUUUUUGUAACUUGGCAGAGUGCAAGAUUUUCAGUGAAUAACAAUUUAAAUUUCAGUAUAUUCUUUAUAUAAAGUUAUCUGAUGACUUUAGAAGACUUUUAAUGAUGCUUUGUGUGUUGUUUUUUUGGUGUUAUUUUGGAGCUAGACAUAACCAGUCCCCUUUUACUUUCUUUGUGGUCUGGAUAUUCUUCUAAAAAUUACUUAUAUUGUUUCACAGAAAAAGUCAUACAGCUUUGGAACAACAUGAAGGUAAGAAAUGAUGACAGAAUACAAAAAAAAAAAUAAAAAAUAUUGGGUCAACUAUUCCUUCAACAUGGGGCUUAACCUAUUUAGGCUCAAUCUCAGAUAAAAGAUACAAGAAAAUCUGUCAUGGUGGUGUGACAUUUUAAUUUCAACGCAAUAACAAUGUGAGUCACAGUUCUUAAAAUACAUUUUGAACUCGUUGCCACCCAGUGUCCCACCCAAAAUGACGAUUUCAACAAUACAGGGAAUUUUCUCAAAUGCUUUUGUAAUAUUUCAGCUACUGACUUAUUCUAACUCAUUCUGUACUUAAAUAAGACUCGAGAGUAUUUGCAUCAUGGGAAGAAUGGUGGGUGUGGUCAGUGCUGGUUUGAUUGACAGCUUAGUUGAGCUGUCACUGUCCUUGUGUUUGUCCAUGCCCGUGGUUCAUGUCUGAUUCAGCAGUACUGAAUUUUGCUUGCUGUUUGAUGCAGGAUUUAGAUGUGCUUAGCUAUCUGCAGGAUCAGGCUUUCCAAGAACAGUUUCGUCUUGGUGUCAUUAAUAACAAUAACAUUAAUAACCUGGUUCACUCGUUCUAACACUAAAUUGAUUUACCUAUGUAAGGAGAGCAGAAGACAGUGACUGGUUUAGUGUUGGACAUGCUCCAGGCAUCGGUUAUGUCAUAUGCAAGCAAUUUUAGCAUGCACUACUGGUUUUGAUAAAGGCAAACAGUGCUGUUAUUUGGUGAUUUUUCUGUUGGAUGAAUGAAGACCUUGCACGUUAUUGUUGAAAUGUUGGUUUAUUUUUGUCCUGACAUUAAAAACUAUUGGCUUUUUAUUAUUAAUAUUUGCAUUUUAAUAUAAAUGUUGAGAAGUUUCUAGUUUUAUAAAAUGGUUAUAAAUAGUUGUUGUUUUUGUUACAAAAAUGUCCAUAUCUCAUUUUACACUGAUAAAAAAAAUGCCUUAUUCAUGUUUUAUUGAUGUUGUCUUUUAAUAGUGGUUGAAAUAAAUCUUCGUUGAAGUGUUUUUGUAGCCUUUCGCCAAUUUGAAACACUUUACAUUCUAUGUAAAUGGUAACAUAGGUGGUGAAAGAUUUGAUUAAAUCUCUAUACAUAUUUAUUUUCCAUUAUAUCAUAACUUUUAAGAAUUGUAAACCCUAAGUGAUAGAUUUUUGUUAAUUGGCCAAGUUGGUGUGUUUAUUGGCCGAUAUCUGUAAUCUCAAAAUAAACAAAUAUUCCCUCACAAUCAUAAAUAUAAUAAAUUUUAUAUAUAUUCA